UAUUCUACGCUGAUAAUGUUAAUAAAGUAGUAUUUAAUUUUGAUCUCCUUUCCCUAUAUAUAAGCGAAGACGAUAGAUGUGGAUUAAAGCAAAGUAGAGGCGGAGGAAGAUCAACAACUAGGAGGAGUAGGAAAGAGCAAAAAAAGAAGAAAAGUUUCAGAAAAAGUAAAUGCUAUUGAGAGAAGGAGAGAGCAUCUUAUCUCCUUUUUCUCAACAAUGAGAUGAGAUAAACGCAUUAUAAAAAACCGAAAGAAAGAACAAAGAAGAAGAAGAUAGACAUACUUUUUCUCUGGUGCCAAACGUUUUUUGAAAGGCACAAACAAACAAAAAAAAAAAAAAAGUGAUCGAUCUUCUCUCACACAGCUUUUUGGCUGUCUGAUCUAGUUUAGAUUAGGUUUGUAUUUAUAAACCAGAGAGAGAUUCUACAUUUUUGCGGCGUUUAAUAAAUAUUAGAAUUUGUGUUAGUACAAUUUCAGAAUGGCGAUGUACGAGCCUAUUAGAGGACACGAUGAAGCAGAAGAAGAGAAGAAGAAGCGUGGAGUGGAGUGUUGUUCUGGAGAUGUACACGUAGAUGGAGUAGUAGAUGAUGUUGAAAUGGCUAUUCAUUCGAGAUCCAGCACCUCUGCUACUAGUAAGAUUGAAGAUGAAGGCUCUAAGCAAAGGCGCCUCCACCAACACCAACACCAACCACCCCCAAAACCACAAUCACAACGUCUCGUUUCGCUUGACGUUUUUCGCGGUCUCACUGUUGCGCUAAUGAUACUCGUGGAUAAUGCUGGUGGAGUCCUCCCUGCUAUUAAUCAUUCACCUUGGAAUGGUGUAACCCUUGCAGAUUUUGUCAUGCCAUUUUUCCUCUUUAUUGUUGGUGUUUCACUCGCACUUACCUACAAGAAAUUGUCAUGCAGUACGGUUGCAACUAGAAAAGCAAUAGUGCGGACUCUAAAGCUUUUACUACUAGGCCUUUUCUUUCAAGGUGGUUUCCUCCAUGGCAUAAAUAAUUUAACUUAUGGUGUGGAUAUUGAACAGAUAAGAUGGUUGGGUAUACUACAGAGAAUUGCAAUAGCGUAUCUGCUGACAGCUUUGUGUGAGAUUUGGUUGAAGGGUGUUGAUAAUGUUAAUUCAGGAUCAUCUCUUCUCAGGAAAUAUCGAUUUCAGUGGUUUUUCGCCUUGAUGCUUACCACUCUAUAUCUUUUCUUGUUAUAUGGCUUGUAUGUUCCUGAUUGGGAGUAUCAAAUUCCAAUAAAAUCCUCCUCAUCUGCACCAAAAAUGUUUUCUGUGAAAUGUGGAGUGCGUGGUGACACUGAGCCAGCUUGUAAUGCUGUUGGAAUGAUCGACCGUAAGAUAUUGGGUAUAAAUCAUUUAUACAGAAGGCCAGUCUAUGCACGAACAGAGCAAUGCAGUAUUAACUCCCCAGAUUAUGGCCCAUUACCGUCUGAUGCUCCAUCGUGGUGUCAAGCCCCUUUUGAUCCUGAAGGGCUUCUAAGUUCAGUGAUGGCCAUUGUUACCUGCUUGGUUGGUUUGCAUUAUGGGCACAUUAUUGUCCAUUUUAAGGACCAUAAAGAUAGGAUCUUUCACUGGAUGAUUACAACCUCUUGUCUCAUUCUCUUGGGCCUUUCCUUGGACUUAUGUGGGAUGCAUUUAAACAAGGUUCUUUACUCAUUCAGUUACAUGUGUUUCACUGCUGGUGUUGCUGGCAUUCUCUUUGCUGCAAUUUACUUGAUGGUUGAUGUGUGUGGCUAUAGGCGCCUGACCUUGGUGAUGGAGUGGAUGGGUAUGCAUGCUCUGAUGAUUUAUAUUAUUGCAGCCUGCAAUAUCGUGCCAGUUGUCCUCCAGGGAUUCUAUUGGGGCCGGCCUCAGAAUAAUAUUCUUAGGUUAAUUGGAAUUGGAUCAUGAAAAUUUGGGUUACACUUACCCCUGCAACUAUACUUUUGGUUUCAAGGUCAUGAGGCUGGUGGGCCACUUAGCUGUAUCUUGCUGAUUUUGGGUAGUCACCGGUGGAGCUAAGCAAGAAUUUUGGAGUUGGAUCUUUGCACAAUUGGAGGGAAACUUUCUUCUCUUCUUUUAUGAAUAGACACAAUCUCUACAAUUGAGCUACUUUGUAAAUAUGUAGGCACGCCAUUGAAAUUGGAGAACUUAAAAUCGGGUCACUUCAUGAUGUUUAUGGGAUGUUUUGUCGUAGGAUGCUUCAGCUUAGUACGAUGCAACCUUUUAUGAUGGUAGUCACAUAAUUAAGAAUUAUAGAAAGAGAUAUGCAUUAGAAGGCUAAUAUAACAUUUCGGGGGAUAUGUCAUGCAUUUAUUUA